CAAUGAAAGAUGGUAGAAGAGAAAACAAGGAUGAGUUGGAACCUCAUCCCGUGAAGGAACAACUUCCCGGUGUUGAUUACUGUGUUACAAGCUCUCCCUCAUGGCCUGAAGGGAUUCUUGUUGGAUUUCAGCAUUGCCUGGUUGCGCUUGGAACCAUUGUCAUGGCUUCCACCAUCCUUGUCACUAUCGUCGGUGGUGACAAUAACAUGGACGUGGAGAAGGCUGAAAUGAUACAGACUCUACUUUUUGUUGCGGCAAUUAACACACUGCUGCAAACGUGGUUUGGAACACGUCUUCCUGUGGUCGUCGGAGCAUCCUAUGUUUUCCUCAUUCCUUUUGUUUCCGUUGCUGUUUCCACUAGAAUGAGUGUAAUUGCAGAUCCACAUCAGAGAUUCAUACAAUCCAUGAGAGCCAUGCAGGGGGCGAUUAUUGUUGCAUCUGGAUUUCAAAUCGUUAUUGGCUUUUUGGGAUUUGGGAGGAUUUUUGCCAGGUAUCUCAGCCCGCUUAGUGCGGUUCCACUCGUCACUCUCACCGGCCUAGGGCUCUUUCUAUUAGCAUUUCAAAGAUUGGUUGAUUGUGUUGAAAUUGGUAUCCCUGCAUUUGUUAUCCUUGUCCUCCUGUCCCAGUACAUUCCCGAAAGGAUGAGAUCAAGAAAAGCUGAUCGAUUUGCAACCAUAGUCUCCAUUGGAAUUGCGUGGGCAUUUGCUGAAAUUUUGACUGCAGCUGGUGCAUACAAAAAAAGAUCGCCUAACACUAAAUUGAGUUGUUGUACCGAUCGAUCUGGGUUAAUUAGUGCUGCUCCUUGGAUAAGAGUUCCACUUCCAUUUCAAUGGGGACGCCCUUCUUUCGAUACUGGUGAUAUUUUUGCUACGGUUGCUGCUUCUCUUGUAGCAAUUGUAGAGUCAACAGGGACAUUCAUUGCAGCAUCAAGAUUAGCCAAAGCAACCCCUAUUCCACCAUCUGUGCUUGGUCGUGGUGUUGGCUGGCUGGGCAUAGGUACUCUUUUGGAUGGCCUUUUUGGCGCAAUAGCUGGAUCCACUGCAUCAGUUGAAAAUGCAGGACUCUUGGCUUUAACACGAGUAGGAAGUCGCAGAGUCAUUCAAAUAUCUGCUGGAUUUAUGCUUUUCUUCUCUAUAUUAGGAAAAUUUGGAGCAUUUCUUGCUUCAAUACCUUUGCCAAUUAUAGCAGCUAUUUACUGCGUUCUCUUUGCCUUCGUAGCAUCUGUUGGCCUUAGUGGUCUUCAAUACUGCAAUCUAAACAGUUACAGGUCAAUGUUCAUCCUUGGCGUUUCUCUCUGCAUGGGUUUAUCUGUUCCACAUUAUUUCAACGGACAUGGCCCUCUCCAUACCGGCUCCACUGCGUUCAACAAUAUAAUGCAAGCGAUUUUCACAUCCCCAGCAACUGUGGCAAUUACAGUUGGUUACUUCUUGGAUUUAACACUGAAGCAUGGACACAGCUCAACUCGCCUAGACAGUGGGAGACACUGGUGGGAAAAUUUCAGGAGCUUCAAUCGGGAUGAGAGAAGUGAAGAUUUCUAUUCACUUCCUUUGAACCUCGGCAAAUUUUUCCCAUCACAUUGAGGGCAAUAGGAAAUCUAUCAUUCUUGAGACAAUUUAUUGUGUCAAAAGUGUCUACACAAAUUGCUGAAGUGUGAAUAUAAAACAAAAUACUAUCAUCGCCUCACAAAUAAAAGGUUUUCGAGCAAGAGUUGCAAUACAAAGUUGCAUGUUAAGUUCUUGUCUUUAUGUCUUACACAUGUAUGGUACUUGACGUGGAAUAUAUUUUGUAUUGGGAAUUUCAACAGGACCAUAGUGCCCACUUAUUUGACAGGCGCAUGUUUUUCUUAGGCCACUCUUCUUGGACUAUGACCAUGUGAAUCCAACUGUCUUGUGGGCUUCAAGCCUGCAAUUGAGUCCAAGCUCAAGGUGGCAAACACAUGAGAGGAGAUAACUACGAUGAAGUACAUAUGAGGAACGUGCAAAUUGAAGUGUUGAAAUCUGUGUGGUGCAAUUGGACUUGAAAUAUAUGGCAUGGCCAAGACUAAGUGGGCCCAUAUGGCAGCCCUUGUCAUGCGGAAAUCACGUUCCCGUGUUGUCUUAUAAACUCGCAUGAAAAACAUUAAUUUAGUUUCAACCAAGUGUUGGUGGAAAAAUGGUUCGACAUUUAUA